GGCACGUUCUAGUCUUCUACUCUUCUCAAACAUCUAGAAUGUUCGCUGCACAAUAUUUUCUUAGCCGCCGUUUGAAUCGAAUCCAAUAUCCCUGCCUGUGUUUGACAUAAGUUUAAGACGCAGUGACGCUUAAAACCAGCUCGUUCCCUCGUGGUCGAUUUUUAUUAAUCACGUGUGAAUUGGAUUUGCGAUCAUCCAACCUGACCGACGCGAAUUUCGGCCAAGUCCGAUCAGCUCACUACAUAUUUGGAUACUUAACUGUUCGAUUUAUUACGUCCACUCGAGAUUUGUUGCCAUGGUGGACUCGGUGCCGGCAAUGUUUGGAUUGUUGGUCAGCGGUAGACUGGUACGGACAGAUUUUGAACGUUUAGAAGAAACAAAAUUUAUGAUAACUAUCAACUCUGCCGAAUCCGUGAAUUACAUUUGUGUGUUUUUGACUGGUCUUGUGCCAUUUCCUGAGGGAACAGCUGGUUCAGUGUAUUUCAGUUGGCCUGAUGAAAAUGCAAAACCAAAUUGGCAACUUUUGGGUAUCCUGUCCAAUAACAAGCCUUCUGCCAUAUUUAAGCUUUCAAAUCUUAAACAGCAUUUUGAUGUAACAAACCAACCAAUAAAUGCAUUCAGUCAAUUUCCAUCAAUUUCUAUAAAUGCUCAAAUUGGUAUAUCUAUUGAACCUCUCAUAAACGCUGAAUUGCAAACAACCUGUAUAGAAUCAACGCAAAAUUUAUCAACGUUUGUUGAGUUCACACAAAAAAUGGUUCAAAAUUUAUACAAUUACGUAUCUAGUUAUGCAGUUGAUGCUGGCCCACAGCAAACACCUAUGGUACCACUUUUAUUAAUUCAGAAAUGGUACGAAAACUUUGAAAGAAAGUUAAAUUUAAAUCCAAAUUUUUGGAAAUCAUAGUGUCUAACUUUUAAUAUAAACCUAAUUUAUCUUGAUACUUGAUUGGUUCUAUAGAACUUAUUUGAUAUUUUAAAACAAUAAAUUUUCAUUAUAUAACAUGUUAUAUAACUAUUUUAUAAGUAAUACACAGAGACUGUCUAUAUUAUUAUUAAUGAUAGCCUUAAAGUUUAAGUUAUGUGCCUUAUAUUAAUGAUAAGACUUAUGUAAAGUAAUCUAAAAAAUGUAUAAUGUGUAUGCUUUUAAAGUCUUAAAUAUUUAUUGAAAUCCUUAUUUUUAAUGAAUGAUUUAUUUUGUUUUUUGC